AUGCUGUAGACGAACUUUAACUUUAUGUACAUGCAAUGUACAGAAAACUUCAAUUUACAGCUAAUAUUUAUUCAAUGUACAAUGAACAUAAAUGUUUACUUUCCUGUACUGUAUACAUUGCGAAUGCGAAUAAAAACCAUUUGUCAAGUUUAGUGUACAGCAUAUUUAAUUUUACUGUACAGUGCACAGUGUAAAGGUGACUUUAUCUGUCCAAGUUUUUCUUUUCAAGAAUGAGAAGUAAAGGAACUGCGAGACGGGUUGAAAGUGGUUCAGGCGAAGAUAGUAGAUCGGGUUCUGAGUGUAGCGGAGAACAAGAUGGAAUAUCUAUCUGGAGAAACCUAGACGAGGGCGGAGUAGCUGCUCAUUUGGUCACACCUCCGCCUCAGCUCCAGCUGAGAAAAGGCGGAGUAUGGACUAGAGCUCCAGUAGCUGCUGGAGUCAGAUUUGGUCCGUUCCUUGGAAAAUGGGUUCUGGAACCGGGAAACGAAGAUUAUGCCUGGGAGGUUCUGGUUCCCAGUGCUGGUAUCCGAGGGUUCCUGGAUGCUUCAGAGUUCGGAACCUGGCUCAAGUUUGUCCGGAGACAGAAAGAGAAACAGAAUCUGAAACAUGUUCUCCUGGCAGGACAAAUCUUUUACGAGACUUUGAGAGAUAUUCGUCCGGACGAAGAGCUUUGUCUAGGAGAUAGGGAUCCGAUCCAGUUGGAUGGAGGGGUGGACGAAGGACGACACGAGGAGAGGAUCGAGGACAGGGAGGAGGACGAGGCCCUGGAGGUCGAGGAGAACGGAAUCAAGUGUCUGGUUUGUGACAAAGUUUUCCCGGAUGUUUACAUAUUGGAUAAGCAUAUGGUCGAUAACCAUAGAUACGAACCUGAUAAAUACAAGUGUGAGCACUGCAGUAAAGGGUUCGCAUGGAGACCAAACCUUCUCCGACACAAGAUGAUACACGGAGAGUUUAGAAGAUUUCCAUGUGAAAACUGUGAUAAAGUCUUCACAGAUCCUAGCAAUCUGCAAAGACACAUUAGAACCACUCACGUCGGGGCCAGAUGCCAUGCUUGUCCUGAGUGUGGAAAAACGUUUGCAACAUCCAGUGGUUUGAAACAGCAUACUCACAUUCACAGUUCGGUCAAACCAUUCAGAUGCGAGGUCUGCUUCAAGAGUUACACACAGUUCUCAAACCUAUGCCGACAUAAGCGAAUGCAUGCAAACUGCAGAAUGCAGAUCAAAUGCCAUAAAUGCGGACAGGCAUUCAGCACCGUUACAUCCCUGUCUAAACACAGAAGAUUCUGUGAUUCAACUCCGUCUCCGUUUCUCCACGGUCCUCCUAAACAUCCCCUAGAUCUACCUGGACAAGAACACAUGGGAAACGGUAACGGACACUUCAGUCAUUUACCUGGAAGCAUGAACAAGUUUGGACCCGGAGCAUCCUUCCUACAACCUCCCUUUUCUAGUCAUCUACAGAACCUGUUCGGUCCUAACGGGAAUACAGGGUUUCCUUUCCUGCAGAACCCCCACAUGAUGUUCCCGACCAUGCUGCAGCGAAUGGCUAUGAACCAUUUGAAUGGUAAACCAAUCCUGUCUCCUAACACAGUUUCUAGCCCUGAACCCGUGGAGAACCCAACCAUGGUGGACAACAAGUCCUCAAUCAUCACCAGCACACACAACAAACUUUUCCAGGAGAGAAAACUGGAGAAUAUUAAAUCUAAUAUCUCAGAUUUCCGGAGUAUAGAGGAGUUCAGACAACGACUUCUUAAUGGAAAUUUUAGAAAGAAUUGUGACAGCGAGGAGGGUUCAGGUGUUAACAAUGAGAUAGAAAACAGUUUAGAAAAAGUGCAAAUAAAGAAAGAAGUUGAGGACAAUACCAACCUGCAAGAAAGAAUCCAGGGAUUUGACGUUAAUAGGAACAAGUCUGACAGAGAGCCGGAGAAGCUGGUAAAACCCAAAGAAAAACCUCUAGAUUUGAGCACACCAAGAAAGGACGAAGUUCCGGAGAAUGGUCUUCAAUCCGAUACAGAAAUAGAGGGAUCAUUUCAAGAGAACAGUAGAAAAGAAGAGGGAAAAUUGUUCACAAAAGAAUGUAUUGAAAGAGCAGAAUCCCCCCGAGACCAGGGAUCUGAACCAAGAGAACUAGAAGAGCCUCGGGGAUUUAAACCUGUGGGGUCAGGAAAGUCUUUUGUUCCCGUAACUCAAGUUUCCCUUUUCCCGAAAUCCUCUGAACAGAAUUUACCCUGCUCCCAACCCUAUCCACUCCCAUCCCUUCCUCCCCAGGAUUCAACUCUACCCUUCCCUCGACCAGUCAACCCUUUCCUACUGGGAGCAAUGUAUAGAAUGCAGCAACCUCCUUAUUCAUCCUUCCAUCAUUCACUCUCCUCCAACCUUCCUCCGAUAGCACCACGCCCUAUGCCCUUUCCUUCUCCCUUCAUGUCUCCCCUCCAUUCUUCUCCUUUUCUACAAAACUCCAUUCCCUUGCUGGGAAGGUUGGGAUGCUAUCAGGAUAUCCUCUCCGGGUCCCAUAAUAAGUCCAAGGAUAGAUAUGCUUGCAAGUUUUGCGGGAAAGUUUUCCCUAGAUCUGCAAACCUUACCAGACAUUUACGAACACAUACAGGAGAGCAACCCUAUAAAUGCAAAUACUGUGAGAGAUCCUUCUCCAUAUCUUCAAACCUACAGAGACACGUUAGGAACAUACACAACAAAGAGAAACCCUUCAAAUGCCCUCUUUGUGACCGAUGUUUUGGACAACAAACAAACCUUGAUCGACAUCUCAAGAAACAUGAAAUGUUCUCCGAUCCAUCGGAAAUCGUUGAUAGCCCUGAGAGUGUGAGAACUGAGGACGAGAUCGGAUACUUUGAUGAAAUCCGUAGUUUCAUGGGUAAAGUAGUGGAUAAGAACAGUUCUCUGGACGUAUCUGAGAACGAGGUUGAUGUUGAAGAUGAUGAUGAGGAUGAUGACAUAAUCACAGACAUGGACUAGUCUUACAUAUCAAACUUUAGUGCAAAUAUCUAUAUAUUAUUUAUAACUGUUAUAUCCUAAGUUGAAUUAAAUUAUAAAGUUUCCAGGGGAAACUACUACAAAUGUCCCCCCUCCCCCCCUCCCUUCCUAAUUAUAACCACACUUGCAAAUUCGGCACUGUAAGCACUCUGCACACAUUCUUUUCCAACUUGUUUAUAAUAUAUUGUCUAGAUAACUUAAUACAAGAUAUACAUCUUCCUUUGCUCCAUACUAAACAUUCUUGCUGUUCUAUCUAGUUUGCUUAUUCAAUGUUUUCAAUUAUGAAUUAUUACGAAAAUAAAUGAUACAAAUACAA